UAUAACUUCUUAGUUAGUCGUUGUCCGAUAGGCCGAAGCCACAGUGUCGUAUAGAUAUUUUAUAUUUUUGCGCCCACGUUGGUGUUAUCUCAUCGAGCAACGCUCUUUCAAGGCCAAGUCAUCCUUGUUCGAAGCACGCAGUGUUUAUUUGACUUUGUCAAUGAAAUUGCUGCAAGUCAUCUCGGAGAAUAACUGAGAAAGGGCAUAACAAAAUCCAGUGCGCGCGCAGAGGACCAGUCCAACUGCGUAGUUGCUCCCGCAGUGUCAUACUUACGGUGUACCGAGAUCGUCUGUUCCGUCAUAAGUGAGGUUAGGAUUGUUCUCCGCAAGUUCACGGUGUUAUCAUUGAAACAACAACAACAUCACCUGAGUCAUUUCAUCAUUUUAACCGCUAAGUACAAUUGACAUUCGCGUGUUUGAAGUGCGAUAUCGUUGCAAAGCGAAAAAGACAACGUAAAGCUCUCAGGACGCUCUGCUAGUAGUUCAUACAUACGCACUACACGUAUACCUCGAGGUCGUACACAUGAGGGCAGAAGGGCAGGCGGAAGGUAGUGGAAAAGUGGCCAACAGUACAACCGAGCCGACGACGAGAUGAAAUAAUAAACGUUAGUACCUCGUGCUCAAUCAGUGGUUCGAAAGAGCUAGCUGUCGCCUAUACCUACCUCUUGUCUGUCCUCCUCGUCGUCGAAGACCCGAGGCGUCCGCACUCAGUCCUCAGUGUAGGCUAGUCGGUCGCAACGAGUCGUCGCACCCCGCGCACGUCUUCCUGACUGUUACUGUUCAGCAAUCGACAAUUGCAACGUGUUGUCAUUCUCUUUUUGUUCGAAUCAUUGGAGUUCUCAGAAGUGCGGUUUGUUGCUUUGUUUUGGUUCUCUAGUAGAAAAACAAAGGAGUCCAGCACCCGACAGUACAAAAAAGAAGAAAAAUUUAUUAUUACAAAGUAUUCCGUGACUCCGUUGUUGUUGUAAUAGAGAUUUUAAAAAACAAGGAGGAAAGAAAAGUGUCGUUCAAAAUUAAUGUUACAAUAGAGGCAAAUUAAAACAAAAGUUACUCAAGACCGUCAAUGAGUGACUAUUACGCGCGUCGCGCAACAAUCAGCUGAUGUAAGGAAAAUCAUCGCCGCAACCGGCUCGACGCUGCUCUUGGAGCUCGAUUGAAUUUCACGAAAACGAGUGGCUGCAUACAAGAUAUUGACAGCUAAUAGGUGUAGCAAAGGAACCGACGACGCUCGACAGAUAAGCAAAGUAAAUUUCCACGAAAGAAAAAAGAAAUCAAAUAUAAAAAAAUACUUCGACCAAUUUAAGAUAAUCCAAGGAGAGAGAGAGAGAGUUUCAGAGAGCAGCCCCUGUAAUCUAGAGAUUGCCAAGGAGAGGGGACGAAGGAAGGAGGUAAAAGAAGAGCGAGAAAAAACAAAAGCGGCGAAUUGCCGGCUAUCGGGGUCCGACGGUCAAGCUUAUCGCGUUGAAAUAGGAAAGCAAAGUAUACAUUAUUAACGACACCUGGCUUAUCAGGGACAGAAGACACGCACGCGCGCGCGCGGUGCGUUUCCAAGGAAUUUCGGGGCUCGGAACGCGACGUCGCUGUGAUAUGGCGUCGGCGUGCCUGAGUAACUGCACAACCGCGAGCGCGACUUCGAUGAUGGCAAGAUCGGCCGGAAGCUACCUAGAGAGCGCCUGGACGGCGAGGGAGCUGUGGCAAUCCUGGGACUCGGCUGGUCUCUACUUCGAGUACCAUCCUUGGCUGUUCUCGAUGCUCGGCAGUGUCAUCGUCGGGUUGUCCGGUAUCUUCCCCCUUCUCGUCAUACGCAUCGACGAGACUGACACCCUUAAGCAAGGAGCUGGUUCAAAAACGUUGAAACUUCUACUGAGCUUUGCUGUUGGAGGCUUGUUGGGCGAUGUUUUUCUUCAUAUCUUACCGGAAGCUUGGGCGAAUCACAUCGAAGCCAACAAUGAGCAAAUCAACGGCAGGGUCCACAAUCACGCGACCAUGGGCUGCGGUCUUUGGGUGCUCAUGGGUUUUCUGGUCUUCGUCAUCGCUGAGAUGAUCUUCAGCGGGCCGGAAAAAAAGGAUAUCGAGACUCCCACGGAAAAUAAAAACGAAAAGAAGCUCGUCGAUACGCUCGAGAACAACAACUAUGAGCGCGUCGAGGCCUUUAAGAAUGGCUUUGCUAACAAUGUUGUGCAAAAAACCAAUGGUGCGAUUUGCAAUGAAGCUGAGAUAGAACGAGCCGCCAAAUGUUUGCGGAAGUUGUCCAAUGGUUUUGUCAACGGUCACGUGAACGGAAUCAUCCAAUCCAACGGUGUUAAACCUACGAGCAAUGGUUUUUGUGCCCUCAAGGAUUCAGCCAAAUUUUAUGAUAAACAGAUAUACGAGCACAAGCUUGACAAUGAACAAACUAAAGAUCGGCCAAAACAUAUCGCCGGCUAUCUAAAUUUGAUGGCUAAUUGCGUGGACAACUUCACCCACGGUCUCGCCGUUGGUGGCUCGUUUUUGGUUUCAUUCCGCAUAGGUGCCCUGACCACCUUUGCUAUCCUCAUCCAUGAGAUACCUCAUGAAAUUGGUGACUUCGCCAUCCUCCUUAGAAGUGGAUUCAGUAGGUGGGACGCAGCUAAAGCACAGCUGCUUACUGCCACUGGUGGCAUGUGCGGUGCUUUUGUUGCGGUUAUAUUCUCCGGCGAUGAAGUUGAGUCAAAAACAAGUUGGAUUCUUCCCUUCACGGCAGGCAGUUUUCUUCACAUAGGCUUGGUCUCGGUUCUACCAGAACUGUUGAGUGAAACUAAUCCGUGGGAGUCUCUGAAGCAGUUUGGAGCUUUGCUCAUGGGUAUCGCGGUAAUGGCGUUUAUGACAGUUAUUUGUGAAUAAGUCAGAAAAGCGAGAUUAACCCCGUGCAUUCAUCAUGUUGAGAUUCGCCCGAUAUUGUUGAACCGAAGUGGCGAGGUUAUGAAAGAAAAUUUUUGUUAUCAAACAAGAGUACGCAUAGCGUUGAAUACUUUGUAAUAUAUCUUUACGGUUUAACCUCGCAAUUUUAUUGUACACGUAUAAAUAGUGAAGGGCGUGUAGGCUUCAACCCUUUCCAUAUGAAUAUAUUUACAAUAUUUUUUUUAUCGAUGAAAAUUAAUCGAGUGACAAAUAUGUAUACUUUUUUCUUUUAUUUUGACAAAAGUGUUUCUUCCCUUGUUAUUAAUGAAAAAAACAAAAAAAAAACACGAAAGUUUUUAAAGUGUAAAUACAAUUGUAAGUUUCGAACAGAUGCUGUAGCUUACUGCAACUGAGCAGGGAGGGGACUAUUUUCUACUUGACUCCAAAAAUAUGAGAAGAAAAGAGAAUAUUUCUCGGAGUAACUUUAUUUUUUUACGCAUAAAUGUUUAACCCACAUGCAAUUCAAUCGUUAAGAUUGCACAGCUUCCUUUUCAGAAGCUUAAUAAAACUUCGAUCGUCAAAAAAAUGGUCGAGUCUAAAUCAGUAUUGAUUAACAUACUGUCAUUCGAACAUACGUAUAAAUUAUGAUAUUGAAGAUUAUUACACAGAACGUUGGAGUUCUUGACUAUACGAAAUACAUAGUUUCAAAAGAGUUGAAUUUUAGGUUUGUUACGUUCUUUGGCCGAAAUUAAAUUUGCUGGACAAACCAUAUCCAAGUAUUUAUAAAUUUUUUUUUUAAACUUUAUUUCUGCGUAAAUCAAGAGACCAAAAAACUCUAGGCUUGAAUCUUAAGAGAAUGUGAGAAGGUGAGGUUAUGUUCCGGUUUUUUUUUUUUUUUUUUCCAAAACUAA